UCUACUUAAUUACUUGUUGAUUUUUAGCUAUUUUGUAGAUUUUGUGAUAUCUUUUAAUAGCUUAUAUAUAUGAAAUUCACGUGUAGAUGAUCAUUACACUCAUUGUCAUUUUAUUUUUGAUAAUUUCAUUCUUAUUGUAUUAUCAAAAAUGACUAAAACCAUCACUCUUGCUAUCUUCAUGGUCGUCCUCGUUUUAGGGAUGGUGAUAAAGGAAACGCAAGGAGAAGAAAAUCAGUGUUAUGAAUAUAUUUCAACACCGCAGGAAAACUGCGAAGGUUUGGUGUGUGCACAUGACUGUACUAUGAAGCAUGGUGGAAACGGCGUGUGUGUUGAUACUACAAGCACGACAUGCAUCUGCACUUAUGAUUGCUAAAAUAAUUGAUUUGUCUUUUGUUAUUCCACAAACUAUAUCAUCAAUCUUUGUAUUA